AUGGGCAUCUCUUCUUUUAUGGACCGGGUCAAGCCCGCCAAGUCCGAGUCUCAAUUCUCUUCGCAGACUGCUACUCCCUCGCGUGCCGACUCUACUUCUGUUGAGAAGGACAACAUCACUCUCGAUGACAGCCCUGUCAAGUACCUCACAUGGCGUUCCUUCAUCCUUGGCCUGUGUGUCUCCAUGGGUGGUUUCAUCUUCGGAUAUUCUACUGGUCAAAUCUCGGGUUUCACUACCAUGGGCGACUUCAAGCGCCGCUUCGCUGAGUACAAUGAAGCCACCGGAGAAUAUGCCUUCAGCAACGUUCGCAACGGUCUCAUUGUCGGACUGCUCUCCAUCGGUACUAUGAUUGGUGCCCUGGUUGCUGCCCCCAUUGCGGACCGCAUUGGCCGCAAGCUCUCCAUCUCCUUCUGGGCCCUCCUCCACAUCGUUGGCAUCAUCGUGCAGAUUGCUACCACUGACAAGUGGUACCAAAUCGCUCUCGGCCGUUGGGUCGCUGGUCUGGGUGUCGGUGCUCUCUCCAGCGUCGUCCCCAUGUACCAGAGUGAGUCUGCUCCUCGCCAGGUCCGCGGCGCCAUGGUCAGUGCUUUCCAGCUGUUCGUCGCCUUCGGUAUCUUCAUCUCCUACAUCGUCAACUUCGGUACCUCCAGACUCGACAACGAUGCUUCUUGGCGUAUCACCAUGGGCAUUGGCUUUGCCUGGCCCCUGAUCCUCGGUGUUGGUACUCUCUUCCUCCCCGAGUCCCCCCGUUACGCCUACCGUCACGGCCGCAUUGAGGAGGCCCGCGAUGUCAUGUGCAAGCUCUACGGUGUUCCCCACAACCACCGCGUCGUCGCCCAGGAGAUGAGCGACAUGAAGCAGAAGACUGAGGAGGAGCUUGCCAACGGCGAUGCCCCCUGGCAAGAGGUCUUCACCGGUCCCCGCAUGCUCUACCGUAUCCUUCUCGGUAUCGCUUUGCAGUCUCUGCAGCAGCUGACCGGCGCCAACUUCAUCUUCUACUACGGAACCUCCAUCUUCAACGGUAUCGGUCUGAGCAACUCCUACGUUACCUCCAUCAUCCUCGGUGCCGUUAACUUCGGUAUGACCCUCCCCGGUCUGUACAUCGUCGAGCACUACGGUCGACGCAAGUGUCUGAUGUACGGUGGCGCCUGGAUGUUCAUCUGCUUCCUGAUCUGGGCCUCCGUUGGUCACGAGAUCAUCCACUCCGACCCUACCAACCACUCCGCCGGUAUCGUCAUGAUCGUCUUCACCUGUCUGUUCAUCGUCGGUUUCGCCACCACCUGGGGUCCCAUCGUCUGGGCUAUCUGUGGUGAGAUGUACCCCUUCCGUUACCGUGCUGUCUGCAUGGGAGUUGCCACCGCCGCCAACUGGACCUGGAACUUCCUCAUCUCCUUCUUCACCCCCUUCAUCAACAACACCAUCGACUUCCGCUACGGCUAUGUCUUCGCUGCCUGCUGUUUCCUCGCUGUCCUUGUUGUCUUCUUCUUCGUCAACGAGACCCAGGGCCGUACCCUCGAGGAGGUCGACACCAUGUACGUCCUCCACGUCAAGCCCUGGAAGUCCGCCAGCUGGGUCGCCCCCGAGGGCAUCGUCGCCGAUCUCCACGGCACCGCCGAUGCUCAGAAGGAGGGCGAGGCUGGCGCUGGCCAGCACCAGCACCACGACCAGACUGCCGAGAUCCGGGAGGAGUAG